AUGACAAGUGGGAGAAGCCACAAAACAUCUCAGGCUGCAGGCUUGUGAUUGUGGGAGUGGGCGCAUGUAGUGGAGAACAGGAUAGAACCGCGUCUCCCUGAUGCUGGGUCCGCUGAGAGCGAUGCGGACUCCCGGGGUCCGGUGUGAGAUGCGGGGAAUGAUUUGCCACAGAUUCCUCUGCAUAGUGGAGGCUCCACCACAGACCACGUGAGAGGCGCAUUCACACACCGGCUCAUCCCCGCUGCUGACAUGGACCCCUGGACACUCUCCACUCUCUGCUGCGCACAGACGGACGUGGAGGGAGGGAGACACUCUUUCUGAUCUUUUCUUUUUCUCUUCUUUUCAUUUCCCUUCUUCUUUCUCUCUCUCUUACUCUCUCUCUCUCUCUGUCGUCUUCUCCUCUCCUCCCCAGCCCAAGUGUUAGUUAGAGAGGGGAGGGUAUACGAUGGCUUGGCCGUGCAUCAGCAGAGUGUGCUGCCUGGCUCGCUUCUGGAACCAGUUCGACAAAUCGGACCUGUCCGUGCCGCUCACCAUCCAGAACUACUCGGACAUCGGUGAGCAGGAGGUGCGCUCCGUCACCAAGCAGCUCUCCUUCUCGGAGCGCGCACCCGGGAAUAACUACUCGACCCCGGACGCGCGUAAGGACGCUGGCUCCCCCCACGAGCCCCUGGAUGGCCCGGGGACCCGAGGAUCGUUCAGGGCGAGGAGGGAGCCCGGCUACAAGCCCCGGGAGGACUACCACCCGCCCGAAGUGCCUUUCACCACCGUUACGCAAUACAAGCAGGAUUUCAAACCCUGGCCCAUCCCCAGGAAAGAGAACUUCCCGUGGAUUAGUAACGGGGGCAGCAGGGCGGACAGUGUGUCGGACAGCCCGGGGAACAGUCACCUCAGCCAGGCACAGGCUGGGGAGGAGCGGGGCAAGGGGCAGAGAUGGGGGGAGCAGCAGGUGGCGGAGGAGAGUAAAACCAGCUCCUACAGGCAAGAGUACAGGCCGUGGACAGGGGCGAAACCAGCCAAAAGUGCAAGAAAAAAUCCUCCAGCUCAAUACUCCAGCCUGGGGACAGAGGCCACCGACGUCCCGCGGGAGACCAGCUACCAGGCUGCCUUCAACGGGGACUUCCAGAGGUCCAUGGGGUGGAGGUCUGCUGCCCCGAACACACAACCUGCUGCUGUCCCCCAGCCCACCCCCGCUGUCCCGCAGGCCGGCAGCUCACCCAGCGCCUCCAGCCUCCAGCAGAGCGUCGCACCUGAGAGGGCAGAGCUCAGCGGAAUCACCAAAGGAGAGGAGCAUCUGGUGAGGACCAAGCUCUCCCCGAACCCGUCCGCCAUCUUCCAGAGCGGAUCGAGGGUCUUCAACAUCUGAGGGCCGCUCUUGGUCUCCGUUUCAAAGGAAUCAACGGGAGAAUGUUUUCAGUCCAUUCCACGACACACAAGAAUCUAUGCAAGGGAAUGUAUUGUUGUGAAGCGUGCGGAGCUGCAGCGACAGCACCCUGAGUGGAGAUAGAUAGAUGCCCCCCCCACUCCACCCUUACAAUCCUCCCCACCCCCUGUUGCUAUGGAAAUGAAUAUGCAUGAAACUAAAUAAGUUGGCAAAAAAAAAGAAGCUAUUUUUCUGUGUUUGCGUUAAUAGGCGCACAACAAAGUGGCUGCUGUAUGUGUGAUUUUGUGUGUGUGUGUGUGUGCACAUGCAGAAUUGUCCAGUUAAUGUACAUCAUGCUGUAUCUGCUCCAACAAUGAAUGACGAGACGUUUGCUUCAAAGUACUUUGUUGCCCUUUGGUGUUUGCUAGAAAUCUGCUCGAACAUUAAGUUAUUUCCUCAGUAUUCAGUUAGUUGACUCUUUUCAGAAAGUAUUGUACCGUUUCUCAUUUUGUAAAUCUAUUGUUUCAGAGAAAGAGCAAAUAUAUGAUGUAAGUGAAAUGACAAUAAAAGAAUAUUAGAUUCUUA